AUGCAUCCUCCACUCACUUUCUUUAAUGGCUGGGGCGUAAAUUGGCAAUCUCAUUGUGUAGUCGCGUCCUUCUCCCUUCGGUCCGCAUCUGUGCAAGAGUAGCCGUUUUGCAAUCCAGCUGGCACGAUGACCUCCUCUUCCGGCGCCGUGUCUCCCUAUAUAAGAGAAGAGCGUGGAGCGGAGAAGUCAGAGCUCGCAGUCCCUGCAGAGGAAAGAUCUCCAGGAUGAGGCUUAUGCUAAGUGCCGUGUUCUGUGGCUGCCUCGUGGCAACCGCGACCGCCGGUUCCCUCGGCGGAUAUGGCGGGGGUGGAUUUGGCGGUGGUGGCUUCGGCGGUGGCGGCUACGGUGGUGGUGGCUACGGUGGCGGCGGCUACGGCGGCGGUGGCUUCGGAGGCGGCGGAGGCAUCGGCAAGAUCAUCAUCAUCAAGACUUCUGGAGGCGGCGGAGGCUACGGCGGCGGUGGAUUCGGAGGUGGAGGAUUUGGCGGCGGUGGCUACGGCGGCGGAGGCUUCGGCGGAGGCGGAAAGUAUGGUGGUGGUGGAUUCGGAGGUGGAGGAUUUGGUGGCGGCGGUUACGGCGGAGGCGGCUAUGGUGGUGGAGGAUGGUGGUGAUCCUCUUACCUACGCAUCAGUUUGGU